AUGCCGAGAGGAAAGGAGCUCUCAGAGGACAUCGGGACGAGGUCCUCCUGCCAGGAGCUGUUACAGGUCCCCCUUCCACCCUCCUCCCCUCUCCCCUCCCUCCCCCAGCCAGAGGAGGAAGCGACGGUCUCACAGCGCCCCCAGCAGGUGUCCGUGGUGAUGUGCAGCCCACCACAGCCUGGUUUCCUGGCCCGGAAAAAAGUGGAGCAAGAGCAAAUUCAGAAGAGAACCUUCACCAACUGGAUCAAUGCUCAGCUCUCAAAGAGGAUUCCCCCGUGCAUGGUGUUGGACCUGUUCAAUGAUUUCCGGGACGGGUCCAAGCUGCUGGACCUGCUGGAGGUGAUGAGUGGCCAGCGGAUGAGUCGGGAGAGAGGCAGAGGCAUCUUUCAGCACAGGAGCAACAUUGAAACAGCCCUGUCCUUCUUGAAGAAGAAAUCGAUCAAACUGGUCAACAUUAACAUUCCCGACAUCAUCGACGGCAAACCAUCCAUCAUCCUAGGCUUGAUCUGGACAAUCAUUAUGCAGUAUCAUAUUGAGGAGCUGGCCAGCAGCCUGUCGUUCAGCUCCCGUCAGUCCUCUCUGGAGUCACUGGCCAGCCUGGACUCUCGCUCCACCCUGUCGGCCCGCUCUACUAGCAACAGCCCCGUGCCCCCCAGGGGCUCCCCCCUACACCAGCGUUUCCGCGUCUCUGCCAAGAAAGCUCUGCUGCUCUGGGUCAGGGAACAGUGCCACAAGGCUGGCUGUACUCUGAAUGUGAAGGACUUCAAGGCCAGUUGGCGGAGCGGUGUGCUCUUCUUGUCCAUCCUGUAUGCCCUGAGACCUGACCUGGUGGACCUGUCCAAGGCCAGAACCAGAACUAACCGGCAGAACCUGGAGGAGGCCUUCCGCACUGCCGAGCGCGAGCUGCGCAUCCCCAGACUACUGGAGCCCGAUGAUGUCGAUGUGAGAGACCCAGAUGAGAAGUCCAUCAUGACCUACGUGUCCCAGUUCCUCCAGUACUCCAGAGACAUGCCUGUGACAGAGGAUGACAUGCAGAUGUACUAUAUGACUCCUCCUAAAAGCCUCUCUCCUGUCAACCUGCCCACUCACUUCACUCCUGCCAUCGCUGCCUCCCCUCUGCGCCAGACCACAACCAAUCAGAAGACCCAGGAAGUGACCUGCUGGCUGUUGCAGGCCUAUCAGGAGUUACUGGAAGGCUGGGACUCCACAGAAGGCGAGAGCUAUGCAGAGAGAUACCAUGUGUUCCAAACCUUUGUGGUGUCCUUUAACGAGCAGCGUCGCCCCGUGAUGCCUCUCCUGACAGCCAUGAAGCGCACCCCCCAGCUGAGUGAGGAACAGAGGAACCUCAGGGGGGCUUGGGACGCCCUCGCCGAGAAGCUGCGUGAGUAUAAGACAGAGCUGGACCUUAGUCUGCCUGCUUCCCUGGACAUGGUGGGCCGCUGGCUGCUUAGGGCAGAGGGGGCGCUGGCUGAGGAGGAGGGGGACCCUCAGGACCACGCCCGCGCCGCCGAGGAGGCCAGGGAGAAACUGGAUCUGCUCAAGACAUCCCUGGACGAGAUGCCCCAACAACUUAAGAACUUUCAGAAGUUCCAGAAUAUGGAUGAAUAUGGAGCCAUCCUGGUGCCUACUGACAAACUGGAAGAGAUGAAGAGAAGGUUCACCAGUGUAAGAGUCACUGCCAAGUACCAUGGGAUCAAACUGGAGUACCAGGAGCAUCGGCACACAGUGCUGGACCUGCUGGGCCAGAUCAGCAGCAAGCUCCGUGUCUGGAAGAGACCCUACAUAUCCCAGGAGGCUGUGCGUGUGCUGCUGCAGGACUGGCAUGAGUUAGUGGUUAAACAGGACCUACCAUCCUUGCUGGAGGGGGCUCUCCUUAAAUUGAAGCUUGUUGCAAGCAAAUAUACUAGCAAAUCUGCCCUAGCUGCAGACUCCAAAUACAUAAUGUGCCAAGUGAAGGAGUUGGAGGAGGAGGGUGCUGUGGCUCUGGAGGGAGUGUCUACGGUGAAGAGCACUAUGGGCCGUGUGCUGUCUGCCUGGGACUCCUACUGUGACUGUUACAGCUCCCUGCAGGCUUGGCUGGAGCAGGCCUCAGCCUCCCACACGCUCGCACAGAGGCCAGAGGUAACAUCUGAGAGUAUGUCAGAGUGGAGUUCCCGCCAGGCCCAUCUGAAUGAGGUAGGGAACUUCCUGGUCCAGCUGACUGACCCCAUGACCAGCCGAGCUCUGGCAGAUGACCUCUGCAAGCUCAACCUGCAUUGGGCGGACUUUAUCAAGAUAACACAAUUUGCUGUUGUAGCUGUGCCCAGCGGAGCUGCAGCCAGACCCCAAGACCUCCAGGCCCUCUUCAGAGAGGCCACCCAGAUCCUGAAGGAACCUGUAGAGGCCAUGUCUGGGCCCCUGAGGACCUACACAAAGAAACUACAGUUCAUGAUGAGGAAGAUAAAGGAAGUGGAUAUGGAUGCCCUCUCCCCCUCCACAGAAUGCUCAGCUGAGACUCUACAGAAACUGAAGCUGGCUUUACCUGAGGUGAUGCAGACGCUGGUUGAGGCUGAGCAGGUGUGUGUGGAGCUGCAGCACAGUGUGUCUGGUUUGGACUGCCGCCUGGCAGAGCUCCUGCACUGGGAGACAGAGGCCCGGGACCUCUACCAGAUCCUGAAGGCAGGAGAACGCAGGGCUUCACGGUGCCAGGACCCCCGCGCCAGGGUGCUGAUCUCUCGUGGGCUGCAGCUGGAGGGUCAGGUGGUGACUGAGGAGCAGGAUCUGCAGGUGAUGGUGAUGACAGGACAGAAGAACUCUCCCCUCCAGUACCUCCUUGUGUCCGUCAUGCAGGACAGAGUCAGAGCUGCCGUGGCUCAGUCACAGGAGGCGGUUGGGAUGCUGAGCUCUCUGGGAGCCAGAAGAGACAGAAGCCAAAGCCCCACAGAAGACCAGCCCCCACCCAAGAUCUUCAUCCAGCCUGAAGAGGGGACUCAACCCAAACAGCCUCAAUCACUCUCUCUUGCCAGGCAUGCAACUCAGGCCGUUGCUCAAUUAGCAUCUCAGCCUGAUGUGAAACCACAGCCCCAGUCCCAGCCUUCCCCUACUAAACCACAAGCUCAGGCCCAACACCCACCAAUACCACAGAUUAUAGUCCAGGAAUACAGAGAGAAGAAGGCAAGUCCCAGUCCUCCACUCCUGUAUUCCUAUGCACAAGCUGUGACUCAGUCAAAGGGCCGAGCACAGUCACCUCCAGAGCCACAGGUUGCUGCCCAGAGCAAAAAACACUCUCCACCCCUAACCCAGAAACAACCACUAGUGCAGCAACAGCCACCACCUCAACAACAGCGUCCAACUCAGCAACAAGUACUCUCUCAGCAACAAGUACUCUCUCAGCAACAAGUACUCUCUCAGCAACAAGUACUCUCUCAGCAACAAGUACUCUCUCAGCAAGUACUAUUUCAACAACAGGUUCUAUCUCAACAACAAAUAUCUGCUCAGCAGCAGGUUCAAAGCCAGAAACAGGCCCAACAAUCAGCACAAGCCCAGAAACAGACUCCAUCUCAGCAACCGGAAAAGACACAGAAGCAGCCUCUAACCAAGGAAGAGAUGCUGAGCUGGAAGAAGCAACCUCAGGCCAUGAAGAACCGACCCUGGCUCCAGAAGAAGGUCAAGGAUCAGGAUCAGGCUUCAGCCCAGGCUCCAUCCCAAGCUCCAGCCCAGGCUCCAUCCCAUGCUCCAGCCCAGGCUCCAUCCCAAGCUCCAGCCCAGGCUCCAUCCCAAGUUCCAGCCCAGGCUCCAUCCCAAGCUCCUGCCCAGGCUUCUAAUCAAACACAGGCUCAACAACAGCCAGAGAAACCAAUCAUGUCUCAAGUCCCUGUCCAGGUAGUUCCACAGCCUGCAGGAACACCGAGGCCCCAGCCUCAGGCACAAGCCAGGACUAUGUUUCCUUCUCAAUCACAGGCCAUGUCUAGUGCUCAGGCUCUACCCCAAGCAGGGCCACAGCAAGUCCCCCAGGCAUAUCUUUAUGGCCAGCCUCCUGCCCAAUCUCUGACCCAACCCCAAGCAAAGACCAAGAGCCACACUCAACCUAAACCAACAGCCCAAGCCAAACAGCAACCCAAGACUAUUAUCCAUGCUCCAUCCCAAACCAUGACUCACACUGAACCCCAGCCCAUAACUCAAUCUCAACCUGUGACCUACUCACAAUCACAGAUGCAGGCCAUGUCUCAAUCCCGGAUGACUCAAGAGAAACCCCAGCCACAGGUCCAGAAACCUCAGCCACAGGUCCAGAAAUCACAGCCACAGGUUCAUCAACUGAUGCAUCCACAGUCUCAAGCUCAGGCCCAACCACAUCCCCAAGCAUGGGCCCCAGUCAGGCUGCCACAAACCCUCACUGAGACGCACCGGCUGGGCCUGCAUCCACAGGCCCAGUCUCACCCCCAGGCUCACCCACAACUCCAGGCCCAGCCUCACCCUCAAGUUCAGCCUCACCCUCAAGUUCAGCCUCAACUCCAGGCCCAGCCUCACCCUCAAGUUCAGCCUCAACCCCGGGCCCAUCCUCAACCUCAUGUCCAGCCUCACCCCCAGGCACAACCUCACCCUCAUGUCCAGCCUCACCCCCAGGCUCAGCCUUAUCCUCAAGUCCAGCCCGAGGUCCAGCCUCAUCCUCAAGUCCAGUCGCAUCCCCAGGCUCAGCCUCACCUUCAAGUUCAUCCUCAUCCCCAGGCCCAGCCUCAAUCUCAUGUCCAGCCUCAACCUCAGGCCCAGCUUCACCUACAGGCCCAGCUUCACCCCCAGGCCCAGCCUUACCCUCAAGCUCAGUCUCACCCCCAGGUCCAACUUCAUCCUCAUCCUUAUUCCCCUGCUCAGGCUCAACCCCAACAAUGGGCCCCAGUCAGACCCUUCAGCCCAAUUUACCCUCAGCCAAAGGGUCAUCCCCAGGUAACCCCAGUCAGACCUGAACCACGGCCACAAGCCUAUCCUCAGCCCAUCAUGGUCCAACGUCACCCUCUUCCUCAGGCUUGCCCACUAGGUCAAGCUCCACCGCAGCAAUGGGCCCCAAUCAGGCCAGAGCAAGCCCCCCAGGCAUAUCUUUAUGGCCAGCCUUAUGGCCAACCUCAAGCCCAAAUACAGCCCCAAAGCCAUGUUCAACAGCAGCCUCAGGUGAGAGCUUACAACCUUACCAAUGUUAAGGCCCAGCAAGGCCAGUUCCAACAGCAGCUAUGGGCCCAGCCCCAGCCCCAUCCCCAGCCUCAAAUUCAACCCCAGCCAUAUUUCCAGCCUCAGCCACCUCCCCAGACCCAAAUUCAACCCGCAACCCAUUUGCAGCCUCAGCUCCUCUCUCAGACUCAUUCUCAGUCCCAGAUCCAGACCCAGCUCAAACUUCAGCCUCAGCCCCACUCUCAACCUCAUUCUCAGCCCCAGAUCCAGCCCAAGCUUCAGCCUCAACCCCCCCCUCAGCCACAGCCUGAGCCCCAGAUCCAGAUGGAGCCCAAGCCCCAGACCCAUAUCCAGCCUCAACCCCACUCACAGCCCCAGACCAAGCCUCAGACUCAGCCCCAGCCCAUGAUCCAGCCCAUGCCCCAGCCCCAACCAGAGCCACCACCCCAGCCCAGUAUCCACCCCCAGACCAAACACCAGCCACCUCCCCAGCCCAAUAUCCAGCCUCUUCCCCAGGUCAAGCUUCAGCUCCAGCUCCAGCCUAAGACCCAUCCCCAGGUCCUUUUCGAGCCUCAUCUCCUUCCCCAGUCACCACCAGAUUCCCCAGAGCUCCAGAUGAAACCCCCAGCUCUGGCCCAGGCCCCACCCCAGGCUUACACCGAGGCCUAUGCCAAAGCUCAGGCCCUGGCCAGGAACCAGUUUGAGGAGGCCAAGCACUGCCUGCAGGAGCACAUCCUGGCUGCCAUUAAUGUCUUCAAAGACAAACACAUAUCUAUCGAACAAGUUUCAGUUAAGGAGGAGACCCUGAGGACCCUGGACCCUGAGCUGUUGAAAGUGUUCCUGAGGGCAGCAGAGGGUAUGGAGGCCUUCUGCACCAUGCCUCAGCUCAGAGAUAUGGAGUUCUUCACACAGUCUGUCAGGACCCAAUGGGAGGCAUGUUUCUCUGCAGAGGGCAGCCUAGCCCAGGCUGGGCAGCACCUGGAGGCCCUGAAGGAGCUGUGUGACACCCUGAGCCCCGAGGAUGCCCACCGUCUGGCCCAGGCUCAGCUCAGGGAGUGUGAGAAAAGACUGGCCGCCAUCCAGCGUCAGUUCAGUGGGGACAGGGAUACACCGCCCCCCGACACACCUGGAAUUCCUCUUGACCUGGGGAAAGAUCUGACCCCACAGAGGGAAUCUACAGUGCAGAGUGACAAACCUCCAGGCCCAACUGAGGUUUCACAAGUUGUUGUGAAGACAGUGGUUGUUGAGAAGAGGGUGAUUGACGAGAAGGAGAUUGACAAGCAGGCAGUCAUAGAGGAGGAUCCUGCCAAAAAGGAGGCAUUAGAAAGAUAUGACAUUACUAAGAAGACUGUUCAGGCUCAACUAGCCAAGAUCGAGCAGAUUUCCCAGAGAGACCUGGCCGCUGACUCAGUCUCUCUCAAAGACCUGCACACACGUCUACAGGAGAUACAGACAUUGUGCCAGGACACAGAGUCUCUGUGGCCUGAGUUUGGCCACCAGUGUUCUCAGAGCUCCCAGUACAGUGGGGAGAGGGGUGAUGGUGGUGUGAGUGUGGAGCACGACCAAGCUGAGCUGAUGAAGCAGUGGAGAGGCCAGCAGUCAGCUCUGCAUAGGAGAGGCAGCUCUCUGGGGGCAGCUCUGAGACAGGUAGACUCCACAGAGCACCACGUUGUUGACUUCUCCGAACGCCUCGACUGCUUCAUCAGAGAGCCCAAGGACAUCAACGCAUUUACACUGGCCAACACCAACAUCCUGACGGACAUCAAGGACCUGGAUGAGAGCAUUCAGAGAGAGCUGGACCAGCUGUCUAGUUUUGACUCUGAUUCCAGUGAGCUGGAUCCCAGUGAUCGCUCUCCUUUGACCCGUGUGGUCAAGACCCACAGAACCAGUCUAGACAAGCUGAGACAGCAAGUCCGUAAGAGCGAGGCGGCCGCCAGGGCCCUGGACCGCUUCCUCAUGUCCCUGCGCACCGUAGAGCAGGACAUCUCUGGAGUACAGGGUGCCCCCUGCAGUGAUGCGUGGGUAUUGCAGGACUGCCGCUCCAAGCUGACCCUGAUCAGGCAGAGUGUGGAGAGUCUGGGGGACAAGGCCCCCCAGCUAGACUUGCUACUCCAGGGGGCCAGGCUGUCUGUAACUCGGGACGGUGCCCCAGCCUCCUGCCUGGACAUGGUGUCUGCCUUGGUGUUGCGGCUUGAGGAGGCUGACUGCGGUCUGGUCAGCCAGCAGCACAGUGUCCAGAGGGAGCAGGAGAUGAAGGGCCUGGGCCUGAGGAGGAGGACUCUGCUGGCGGAGCUGAGGAAGGUGCAGGAGGCAGCAGAGAGGCACGGACUAAAGGAGCCAACCAUGCCUGCUGUGCAGCAGAGGCUGCGUGUCCUGUCUGACCUGGAGGGCCAACUGAACUCCCAGCGCUCUGAGCUCCAGAGACUCCGGGAGGCCCACUCUCAGGGCCAGGAGGGAGAAGGCAAUCCCCUGGAAGAGCUGAAGACCCAGUGGGAGGACACCCAGAGAGCUGUGGCUGACAGACAGGAACAGUGCAACAUCCUGUUGGAACUAUUAAAGGUGUUCCAGAGCUGUCGCAGUUACUUAAGCACCACCAUGCAGAAGGCGGAGCAGACCAUCAGUGAGCAGGCCUCCUACAUGGGCAAGGAGAACCUGCAGAGGCUUAUAGCUAAGGUCCAUGGUAUAAAGCAUGAUCUGAGUGGCUUGGGGACAGGCAUGGAGGAUAUCAGGGGGGUGUGCAGACAGCUGCAGUCCCAUCUGAAGAAGAUCCCUGACUGUAAUGAGACUCCAUUUGAGGCCGAGGCUGAUGGACUGGUGGACCAGUGGCUGGAUGUGACAGAGAAGACAGACUCAUGCUUAGAUAACCUGUGCAUGGGGCUGGAGCUGUGGGACAAGCAGCUGAUGUUAGGGGGAGAGGUGGACGGCUGGGCGGGGGCCAAACUUGCCCUGUUUGCAGAGAGCCACCCCUUCCAGAACGAACAGGAGGUCCUGACCAUAAGGGAUGAGAUCCAUGCCCAUGAGGAGAACAUUGAGCGUUUCCACAAGAAGUCCAUUGAGAUCCAGGAGCUUCUUCAAACCCAAGAGGCCCCAUUGGAGCUACAGGUGAUGGAGACCCAGCUGAGGAAGAAGAUGGAUCAGGUGGACGAGCUAUUCUCCGACAGCACUGAUGUCUUCCAGGAGCUGAUCGCUGUAAAGAGACACCUGGCAGAGAAGAUCACGGAGUGCCAGUCUGCCCUGCACAACAUCCAGUCCUCUCUGGGCAUGCUCAGUAUGCCAGGAGACCAGGCCCAGAUGCAGGAUCUGUGUGAGCAGCUACAGGCCCAGGAGGAGCAGGCAGGGACAGUGCUGAAGGAGGUGGGUCUCAUGUCCAGUGUGGCCAGCCCCCAGGUGCUACAGACCCUGUCUAUAGACUGCACCAGGCUCAGAGAGAACAUCUCACACACCAAAUACAUGAUCCACCAGAAACGGGAGGAGGGAGAACAGGGCCUCAUCAAGGUCAUCAAAAGUGAGAGCCAUUUGUUUGAAGAGUGGUUCCAGGACCUGCAGUUGUCUGUGAACGAGUGCUUUGAGAACCCAGUGUGUAAACAGGACGUGGAGGCCUCCAUGAAAAGACUGGCUUGUUUCCUGGCGUCUAAGGAGGGUGAGAAGCGUCUGGGUCAGGUGAGAGAGCACCUGGAGAGAGGCAGAGAGCAGGUUCCGCCAGAGCAGCUGGCCCACCUGAAAAGCUGGCUGGGGGAGCAGGAGAAGGAGCUGGCCACAUUCAGAACCCACUGUCAGGGCAGACAGAGCCAGCUGGACACUGUCCUCCGAACCCUCAACAGUCUACAGCAGGAACAUGAGCGUUUCCAUGACUGGCUUCAGGCCUGGGAACACAAGUCAGUGGAAGGAGAACAAGUCAACAACUUUCUCAAAGACCUCCACAAAGAAAGUGAGAGAGUGGAGGCCCUCAGUGAGCUGUGUUCAUCGGUGCGGAGGCAGGGUCUGAGAGGGGACAGCCUGCUGACUGACACUGACGACCUCCUGCAGCGCCACCGGUGCCUGGAGGCCAGACUGCAGCAGCAGGCCGAGACCCAGAGAGUCCUGGAGGAGACCAGUAGGAGGUUUGAUACCCAGACUGACAGCACCAGGACCUGGGUUAGAGACCAGCAACAACGACAGCAUCACCAGAUCCAGAAAGAGGAGAGAAUACACACAGCACAGGCCAUUCUCAGUUCGAGACCUGAGGGAGACUCUAAGCUGCAGGACUUGAGGAGAAAAUGUCAAAGUCUGUGUGAACAUCAGGACCUGGAGGAGAGCAGGAGACGAGAGGUUCAGCAGACAGUCAGAGACAUGGAGGAGGAGUGGAGGAGAGUCCUGCAGACUGCUGAGGAGACUCUUACCAAAGCUGAGAUGCAGAGUGCUAUCGAAGGCCAGCUGAGAGUGUUUGACUCCCAGACAGAAAGUACCAGGACCUGGGUCAGAGACCAGCAGCAGCAACUCCACUCUCUGGGCAACCAGGCCAAGACUGAGGACCAAAGACACACAGCACAGACCAUCCUGAGCUGCAGACCUGAGGGAGACUCUAAGCUGCAGGACUUGAGGAGACGAGGUCAAAGUCUGUGUGAACAUCAGGGACUGGAGGAGAGCAGGAGACGUGAGGUUCAGCAGACAGUCAGAGACAUGGAGGAGGAGUGGAGGAGAGUCCUGCAGACUGCUGAGGAGAUUCUUACCAAAGCUGAGAUGCAGAGUGCUAUCGAAGGCCAGCUGAGAGACUUGGAAACCCAGAAGGAGAACUCCAGGGCCUGGAUCAAAGGCCAAAAUCAACGCUUACUUUCUUUGGGCAGCCAGGCCAAGACAGAGAACAGAAUACAAACUGCACAGGCCGUCCUGAGUUCCAGACCUGAGGGAGACUCUAAGCUGCAGGACUUGAGGAGACGAGGUCAAAGUCUGUGUGAACAUCAGGACCUGGAGGAGAGCAGGAGACGAGAGGUUCAGCAGACAGUCAGAGACAUGGAAGAGGAGUGGAGGAGAGUCCUGCAGACUGCUGAGGAGACUUUUACCAAAGCUGAGAUGCAGAGUGCUAUCGAAGGCCAGCUGAGAGUUUUUGACUCCCAGACAGAAAGUACCAGGACCUGGGUAAGAGACCAGCAGCAGCAACUCCACUCUCUGGGCAACCAGGCCAAGACUGAGGACCAAAGACACACAGCACAGACCAUCCUGAGCUGCAGACCUGAGGGAGACUCUAAGCUGCAGGACUUGAGGAGACGAGGUCAAAGUUUGUGUGAACAUCAGGGACUGGAGGAGAGCAGGAGACGUGAGGUUCAGCAGACAGUCAGAGACAUGGAGGAGGAGUGGAGGAGAGUCCUGCAGACUGCUGAGGAGAUUCUUACCAAAGCUGAGAUGCAGAGUGCUAUCGAAGGCCAGCUGAGAGACUUGGAAACCCAGAAGGAGAACUCCAGGGCCUGGAUCAAAGGCCAACAUCAACGCUUACUUUCUUUGGGCAGCCAGGCCAAGACAGAGAACAGAAUACAAACUGCACAGGCCGUCCUGAGUUCCAGACCUGAGGGAGACUCUAAGCUGCAGGACUUGAGGAGACGAGGUCAAAGUCUGUGUGAACAUCAGGACCUGGAGGAGAGCAGGAGACGAGAGGUUCAGCAGACAGUCAGAGACAUGGAAGAGGAGUGGAGGAGAGUCCUACAGGCUGCAAAAGAGGCGCUGGAUCGGGCUGAGGUACUAGAAAAAGAGCUGAGAGCUUUUGAAACCUGGAAGGAAGGCACUUGGGUCUGGGUGAAAGACCAGAAACAACAGCUACACUCUCAGAGCAGCCAGACCAAGACUGAGGAGAGACUACAUACCGCACAGGCUGUCCUGAGUUCCAGAUCUGAGGGAGACUCUAAGCUGCAGGACCUGAGGAGACGAGGUCAAAGUUUGUGUGAACAUCAGGACCUGGAGGAGAGCAGGAGACGAGAGGUUCAGCAGACAGUCAGAGACAUGGAGGAGGAGUGGAGGAGAGUCCUGCAGACUGCUGAGGAGAUUCUUACCAAAGCUGAGAUGCAGAGUGCUAUCGAAGGCCAGCUGAGAGACUUGGAAACCCAGAAGGAGAACUCCAGGGCCUGGAUCAAAGGCCAAAAUCAACGCUUACUUUCUUUGGGCAGCCAGGCCAAGACAGAGAACAGAAUACAAACUGCACAGGCUGUCCUGAGUUCCAGACCUGAGGGAGACUCUAAGCUGCAGGACUUGAGGAGACGAGGUCAAAGUCUGUGUGAACAUCAGGACCUGGAGGAGAGCAGGAGACGAGAGGUUCAGCAGACAGUCAGAGACAUGGAAGGGGAGUGGGGAGAAGUUCUUAAGGCUGCAAAGGAGGUGGUGGAUAAGGCCGAGGCUCAGAGUGUCAUAGAGAGGGAAAUGAUUGAAUAUGUUACCCAGAAGGGAAGCAUUCAGGCCUGGGUCAGAGACCACAAACAACGCCUACACUCUCUGGGCAGCCAGAGCCAGACUGAUGACAGAAUAAACGUAGCACAGGCCGUCCUGAGUUCCAGACCUGAGGGAGACUCUAAGCUGCAGGACUUGAGGAGACAAGGUCAAAGUCUGUGUGAACAUCAGGGCCUGGAGGAGAGCAGGAGACGAGAGGUUCAGCAGACAGUCAGAGACAUGGAGGAGGAGUGGAGGAGAGUCCUGCAGACUGCUGAGGAGGCUCUGCGUCAGGCCCAGGUGUGGUAUUCUCUCUCCAGGCAGCUAGAGGCCUUCCAGGCCCUGGAGGAGAGCAGCAGAGCCUGGUUCCAACUGCAGCAGCAGAACACACACUCCCUGGGAACAGGCACCCGGGGCAGCAAGGAAGAGAUCCAGGACAGGCUGCAGAGAGCAACGGCUGUCCUGAGUUCCAGACCUGAGGGAGACUCUAAGCUGCAGGACUUGAGGAGACAAGGUCAGAGUCUGUGUGAAAGCCAGGACCUGGAGGAGAGCAGGAGACUAGAGGUUCAGCAGACAGUCAGAGACUUGGAAGAGGAGUGGGGAGAAGUUGUACACAAUGCUGAGGUGGUGCACAGACUGUUGCAAGGUGUGGUGGAACGCCUGGUGACCUGUCAGUACCAGAAGUGUCAAGCCCAGUCCUGUCUGGCUGAGGUCCAGCACCAGACAGCAGAGCUGCCCCGUCACUUCCCCUGGCCUGGGCUGGGAGACCGGGGGCAGGCUGUGGAGACGGCCAGGACCCUCCUGGAUAAAACCAGGAACCUGGCCCCAGCCCUGUCUGUCCUCCACACCCAGGGCAAGGAAAUGUUCCAGCUUACCCAGGACCCCAGCUGGACAGACCUCUUCUGGGCCACCAUGGAGGAAUGCAUCCCUGCCCUUCUCCAAGAACUGACGGAGGCCUGUGUGAGGAUGGAGGAGGGCAUCCACAUGGAGAGGCACUGUGCCCAGCUAGUGGAACAGCAUGGGGCAGCCCAGGACUGGCUGAGGGAGCAUGUGAAGGGUCUGGGCCCCCAGCCCACAGACAGACAGGCUCUACACAGCUAUGCCAACACCCUGAAGGCCCUGCUCCAGACUGUCGACAGGGAGGAGAGGGAGAUGAGGGAGCUGGACGCAAUCCGAGACACCCUGCUGAGCCACUGCACCCCUGCCGGUCGUGACACCCUGACCCUGGAGGUCAGCCACCUCCACGACCUCCUCACUUCUUCUGAGAGGGAGAUGACGGAAAGGCUGGCAGGCUGCGAGGCCCAGCUGAAGGAGCUGGAUGCGAAGAUGGCCAAGAAGGCCCAGGGCCUGAGGGAGAGGGCCAAAGCCCUGCAGUGGGAGCUCCGUUCUCUGGACCAGGCCCUGAGCUACAGCGAGCCACACCCCAACAUAGCCCAGCUCCAGCAGCACUGGCACAGCCUCAAGAACUGCGAGAGGUCAUUGGAGGGGUUAGGGCUUAAAGUUCAUGACAUGCGUCAGGCUGCCAGAUCUGCAUCCACAGAGGAGGACCUUCCCGCUGAAGUCAUCUCCAUAAUGGAGUUACUGAGCCAGCAGCACGACAGUCUGAAGACCAGGUUGGGUGAGAGGCAGAGCUGCUGCACUGAGAACACAGCUCGCUGCCUCACAGCCUCUGUUCAGCUUCUGCAGCAGUGGAACCACUCCUCACCCACACAGACAGCCCCCUCCAUCCAGGCUGCAUUAGAGGAGGGUGUGCAGUUCCAAAAGGCCCUGAAGGAGGUGCUGUCUCACAGACAGUUCCUGGUGGACUGCCUGAAGCCUGACCAAGCAGACAGACUGGAGAAAGACACCACUGCAACACUCAGGGAUGCAGACACACACAGCACCUUUCUCACCAAGACUCUGAAAGAUGUAGCUGAGAAGAGUAAACAGAAAAUAGAUGUGACUCAGCCUGUUGCUGUCACCUCAGUCCAGACAGAAGACAAACCAGCCGUACCACCUAGGAGGACAGCCAAGACCAAGCAGACUCCCACCCAGGAGAGUCAGCAAGCUACACCACAGUUGCUUCUCCAUAUCACAGAGAAAAAUAUACCACAGCCACUCCCCGCUGUCACAGAGAAAAACAUACCACAGCCACUCCCCCCUGUCACAGAGAAAAACAUACCACAGCCACUCCCCCCUGUCACAGAGAAAAACAAACCACAGCCACUCCCCCCUGUCACAGAGAAAAAUAUACCACAGCCACUCCCCCCUGUCACAGAGAAAAACAUACCACAGCCACUCCCCCUGUCACAGAGAAAACAUACCACAGCCACUCCCCUGUCACAGAGAAAAACAUACCACAGCCAAUCCCCCUGUCACAGAGAAAAACAUACCACAGCCAAUCCCCCUAUCACAGAGAAAAACAUACCACAGCCACUCCCCCCUGUCACAGAGAAAAACAUACCACAGCCACUCCCCCCUGUCACAGAGAAAAUCAUACCAGUCAAACAAGAGACUUCAGCGGUCACUGCCAUGGUGCAUACUGAAGCCCCAAGUUCAGGGUCUGUCAUGACACAAGAACUGGCAAAGGAGAAUAAAACUGCUGUCACACAGGUGCCAAAAGCUGCAGUAGAGCCUAAACAGAGCACGAUAGUGACUACUCGAUCGGUUGAAACCGACAUAACUUCCACCACCAUCCAAAUACAAGAUACCAAGAGUCGAUCGUCUGAGACCCUGAUGACAGAGAGAACUGCAGUCAAGGGGCAUGGUGAUACUCAUGUUACAAGAGUAGAGACUACAACUGUGAAGACGGUUAGUCAGGCAACUGACCAGAUAGACCAGGGCCUUGAUCAGGAGACAUCUUUGACAGAUGCCCUACGCUCACAGCAUGCUUACAUUGACUCUGAAAAACAACGUAGUCAUGACGACACACAAGUAAAACAAUCUCACGUCCCUGACACAAAAAGCCAAGUGUGUUAUGAUGUCGACACACCGCAGCCACUAGAGAAGAAAUUGUCCUCUGUCAUUCUGGACACUGACACUGUGUAUGUGCAGACACCAGAGAUGUGGCCACUGAUGAGCAGUGACACCGCACUUAUCAUAUCCUCCGGAGCAGUAGUGCUUGAUACUGACAAAAUGGACUCGGACACUCAGUCCACCAGUCACAGUCCACAGCAGACAGAAUCACAGGACUCCACUGUAAGGCCCAGGGAACACCCUGAGAAUAGGCUUCCUCAGUCCCAGCCGGACGGAGCUGUGGAGAACAAGGUCAAGUAUGACACUGAGGAGUUAUGGAAGGACAGCAAGACUGAGACUGAACAACCAGACCUUAUACUGGACUUGCCUGAUGUGGCUCAGCCCACUGCUGUUGCCUCUUUCCAGACUGGAGUCAAAGCACCACCCCCGUCCACACCACCUCGUAACAAGAGAAAAGCCAAGAGCCAGCAGGCCCAGCCCUCUAACACACAGCCUGCUGUGGAGAACAGGGUCAAGUAUAACACUGAGGAGUUAUGGAAGGACAGCAAGACUGAGACUGAACAACGAUACAUUGUACUGGACCUGCCCACAGUGAGCGAUGUGGCUGUACCUCCUGCUGUCACCUCAACCCAGACAGAGGACAAAGCAAAGGCACCAUCCACACCACCUCGUAACAAGAGAAAAGCCAAGAGCCAGCAGGCCCAGCCCUCUGACACGCAGCCCAACACAGCUGUGGAGGACAGUGUCAAGUAUAACACUGAGGAAUUAUGGAAGGACAGUAAGACUGAACAACGAUACAUUGUACUGGACCUGCCCACAGUGAGUGAUGUCCAGAAAGAGCCUGUUGCUACUGCUGUCACUUCAAUCCAGACAGAAGACAAAGCUAAAGCACCAUCCACAUCGCCUCGUACCAAGGAGACAGCCAAGAGCCAGCAGGCCCAGCCCUCUAACACACAGCCUGCUGUGGAGAACAAAGACAAGUAUAACACUGAGGAGUUAUGGAAGGACAGCAAGGAUGACACUGAACAACGAUACAUUGUUCUGGACCUGCCCACAAUGAGCGAUGUGGCUGUACCUCCUGCUGUCACCUCAACCCAGACAGAGGACAAAGCAAAGGCACCAUCCACACCACCUCGCAUUAAGAAGACAGCCAAGAGCCAGCAGGCUACAACCCAGGCCCUUCUACCCCAGGCCUCUAACACAGCUGUGGAGAACAGGGUCAAGUAUAACACUGAGGAAUUAUGGAAGGACAGUAAAACGGAGACUGAACAACGGUACAUUGUACCGGACCUGCCCACAGUGAGUGAUGUCCAGAAAGAGCCUGUUGGGAAAGAGGACAAACCAAAAGCACCAACUCCACCAGCACCUUCCGCAUCACCCCUGACCUCUGAGAUAAGUAAACAGAAGGCUGAUGUGGCUGUAUCUCUUGCUGUCACCUCUAUCCAGACACAAGUCGAACCAAAAGCACCAGUACCAUCCACACUGCCCCGGACCAAGAAGACAGCCAAGAGCCAACAGUCUCCCACCCAGGACAGUCAGCAAGCUAAGCCACUGUCACACACCCCUGUCAAAGAGAAAACCAUACCAGUCAAACAAGAAGCUUCAGCUGUGACUAAACCGGAGAGCAAGGUAAUCGGUUCUGAUCAACCCAGUCAAACAAAGACACACGUCACUAAGACAGUGCAGUCAGAGAAAGCAGAGACAGUGUGGACUGAAAUUGACAUAUCUCAGGCAGAGGUUAGCAAAGCAUGUCUACCACAGACUCAACCAGAACCCUCCAAAGCAACGAGUGACAGAGCUAUUGAGGUUGAGGACAAAGGGACCUGGGAAGAGCAUGCUAAAGAGUGGAGAAGUGAACAUGACCAAUGUGAGGUGCAAGAAAGUCUGACCGAACCAAAGGUGAUGUUGGAGGCUACUGCCCAAACAGACAGAAAACAGUCAGCUAAAAUCGAAAGUGAGAGUCAGUCAGUGAGUGAAAAACAGCCAAAGAGAGAUGCUGCCCAACCAAUCAAACAACAUGGAGCUACAGCUGCAACUGAGAGCACCAGAAAAGAAGACAGGGAGAGCAGCACUAAAGGCCAGCCAGAGCAGCAACAGGUGUGCAACACAGAGAAGCCAGAAGCUCCUGUUGAGGCAGAAGUCCCCGUUGUAAAGAAGGAGACUCUAACCCCAGACCCUUUUGUGAAAAAAGAGACCCCAGCUGUACCAGAAGGACCCACCAUGCAGGACAUCUUCACUGACAUCCAGCGCCUGUCACAAACUGGACCAAAGAGCAUUCUCAUUGAGAUUAAACCUUGUGAGGACCCCAUGAGGAUUCUGAACACGUCUCUGGCUGACCUGCAGGCUCGUCUGAGCAGGCUGGUGGUCAGGGUACUGGGCUGCAGAAACCGCCCUGCAGACCUCAGCCCCGCAGCCAUGGCUUUGCAGGUGGAGGAGGCCGAGGAAUGCAGACAGGCUGCUCAGACCCAGAUGUCUGUGUUCUCCCAGCCCAGAGAGGCUCAGACUGCAGACCGGGAGGCCUUUGAGCAUAUGGAGAGCCAGUGGGGCGCAGCAGUAUGGGAUGCCUCGGAAGCUGUCCACUGUAAGGAGGCCCAGCUGCAGCUGGUCACUGAGGCGGACAGGCAGACACAGACAGUCAAGGCCACUCUGGAGAAACUGUCUGCAGAGCUGGAGGCCCUCACAACAUCCCCAGUGGAGAGCAGCUCAGCAGAAGCUGAGGAGCUACGUUCCUUUCUGCGGGGUAUGGAGGAGGACAGGACCGUCAUGGGGGAGCUGACCCUCACUCUCACCAAGCUGUCCCCCCACCUGAACCAGGCAAAGCGAGCUGCUGCACAGAUCCAGCAGAUAGGCCUGCAGGAAGAGUGGAGGUCACUGGAGAGAGCUUCAGAGAAGACCCUGUACUGUGUCAAUGGCUAUGCCAGGGAAACCAGCAGCCUUCUCGCAGAGAUCUCCUCUCUUCAGGAGCAAAUGGAGGUCAUAGGAAAGGCUACAGGCUCACCCCAUUCCACUACAAUCCAGUGGGACAGCAAGAGGGCCCAGGAGCUGAUGAUGGUGAAUGCUGAGCUGACUGCAGCUCAGCAGAAAUGCCUCUACCUGCAGCAGGGCUCAGAGGCUCUGGCCCACAGCUCCCUAUAUGAGAAGAAGACGAGGCAGAUAGAACAGGGGCUCCAACAGGUCAAGGAGCAGCUGGAUCGUGUUGGAGAGCAGGUGUCCUCUCAGACCCCCAGCAGUGACAACCCUAUCAUGAAUAAGAUCCACAAGGUAAUGAUGGACGCCUUUGCCUGGGCCAAGCAGAUGGAGAGCGACAUUGAGGGCCGGAGGAGGAAGGUGGCCCUGCUCCCUGAGGGGGUCCAUCGGCAGAUCAAAGACCUGAAGAAGCUGCAGUGGGAGAUGGCGGCCAAGCAGGCCCAGCUGGAGGCCCUGGUGGAGGAGGUGGAGGAGCUGCUCCCAGAGCUGGACCAGGCUGAUGAGGUCCCCAUGGUGCACUCCUCCCUGGUCAGCCUGGAGAGUCUGUCCAGGUCCACCACAGAGAAGCUAGCCAAGGCUGUGAAGGAGAUGGAGUCAGGCUUGCAGACUAGAGAGAAUAUGUCAGAGCAGAUAGCAGACCUGGACUCCUGGGUGGUGGGUCACCUCCAUAGAGAAGCCUCCAGGAGGGGAGAGGGGGAGGGCCAGAGUUCUAAAGACCUGGAUCGCCGAGUCAGACAGAUCCAGGAGACCCUGGUAGAGGCGGAGAAACAGGCUGCUGUGUCCGAGGCUCUUCUCAUGAGGAGCAGAGACAUUGCCUCUGAGCUCAGCAUCACAGAGAACUGCCUCCUCAAUGAGAAACUCACAAACCUCCAGGAGGACAUCAAGAGCAUCAUCAGCUAUGAGAAAGCUAACCAGCAGGAGCUGGAGGAACUCCUUCAGACUCAAGACGCAUCUAGGCAGAAGGUGACCACGGUGGAGAAGAGCCUGAGACAGAUGCUGGUGGACCUAAACAGACACAGGUUCCCGGUCACCAGGGAGACUCUAAGCACCAUUGAGCCGUUUAAACACAUGAUCAUGGAGCACAAGUGCCAGGUGGACAAGCUGCAGCCCUUCAUCCCUGAGGAGAAGAAACAAGAGCUGCUGUGUGUCAUUUCCCAGUUGCACUGCAAAAUGAGCACGCUGAAUAUGAAGGCCAAAGAACACGAGAGGUACCUCACCUUCAGGCAGUGUGUGGAGGAACUGCGGGAAAAUGUGGAGGAGCAGGUCCUCCAGACCAAGGAGGAGAACAGGGGGAAGGAGGAGAGGUACACGACCGGUCAGGUCAUCCUCACUCAGCUCCCUCUGAUAAAGAGACUGUGUGAGGAGGCUUCCGAUGAGCUGCAGAGCAUCUCCCAGGACCUCUAUCCCUCACAGCUGUCUGCAGAGCGUGGGCGGCUUAAGCAGAACCUGGAGAGCUUCCAAACCUGGGAGAUGACUGUGAUCAACAACAUCCAGAUCCUGGAGUGGGGCCUGCUGAAGGAGGUGCACCUCCAGUCGGAGCAGAGAGCUGUGCUGGCCUUCCUAAGGGACAUCCAGCGGGAGCUGCAGCAACCAUGCCAAGUGGAGCCCACCGAGGAAGCCGUCGACAAGGAGCACUGGAGGAUUGUGACCCUGCGGAUGACCGUGGAGUGCAGACUGAGGGUGUUGAAGAUUCUCGAGCGCAAGAAAGGAACUAGGCAGCAGGAUGGAUCCCUGGAGUAUAGUGACCUGAUGGACCUGAAGAAUGCAAUCCUGAAUGAAUGUGACUUACGAAUGGAGAGCGUUUCCCAGGCACGGAAUUCUUUGAGAGACUACACUGGAGCUGUGAGUGGUGCUGUCAGGUUCCUCCAGGAGGCUGAGGCCCUGCUCCAUCCCUCAUUAGCCCCAGUCGGAGGUUGCCUUGAGAGGCUGAGAGACAUCCAGCAGGCCCUGGCCUCCAUGGAGGAGCAGCUCCAUUCCCAUAUAAGCCAGAUCCAGACCCUGGCCCUCCAGCAUGACUACCUGAGCCCCCAGACGGUGGAGCGUCUACAGAGGGAGGUGCUGAGCCAGCUCCUGGUGCGGAUGUCCACCCUCCAGGCCCAGGCCCAGCUCAAACUGGAGGCACUGCAGAGGUGUGCUGAGUAUCACAGAAGGUAUAGGAAGUGCCAUGAGGAGAUCUGCCAGUGUGUAAAGAGCGCAGAGACCCAUCUCUCCUACUGUCACUCUCACAAAGUCAGCUCUCUCACAGACUGCACCGACCAGCAAGCUAAGCUAAAGGCUCUGUCUGAGGAGGUGGACUCUGUAACAGGGCUUCUAAAGUGUUUGGGGGAGUGGUGCCCGGAGCAGGGUUGCCGUUGCAGCAGGGAGGGGGCGGUGAGCGCGCUCUGGAGGCAGGUGGCAAGACUGCAGCGUUGCACCCGCAAUCUGAAGACUCACUCAAAUCAGAGGGCAGACGAAUGGAGUGAUAUUACAAAGAGUGUGGAGCGAGCGUCCAUCAUGCUGGAGCAGGUGGAGGCUGAGCUGCCAAAUGACUCCAGGGAGAAGGUGUGUGGGGAAGAGCUGCAGGUGCUGCUGUUGUACUGGGACCAGUACCAGGACAGGCUAGACUGUGAGCACCGAGCUCUCUCAGCUCUCGAGCUCCGCAUCGCCAGACUGCUGGGCGUCCCCGCCCACCUGGAGCAGGCCCCGCCCAACCCGCUGUGUCAACAGUUGCAGGUCAUGCAGGACCGCUAUGACAGUCUGAAGGAGAAGAGCAUGCUGGGGCGGUGUGUGGUGCGGACGGAGGUGGAGGAGAGGGACAAGGUGAGGGAGGAGCUGAGUGGGGUGAAGGCGUGGCUGGUGACUGCAGAAUAUCUCCUGUCACAGCUGGAGCAGUGUCCCAACACACAUAAGCUACAUGAGGUUCACACCCAGCUGUGUACCCAGAAGGCAGUGCUGCAGCGCAUCAUGGACGGUCUGAGGAUGAAGUACUCGGACAUGUACACCCUGGUUCCCGUGGAGAUAGAGGGACCGCUACAGGACGUGACACACUCACUGCAGGAAGUAGAGGAGAAGGUAGGGGAUGUAAUGGAGAAGAGCGGUCCCCUGCACAGACUGGGAGCCAAGGUGUCUGAGAUCAAGGCUGGUCUGGGAUCAGUGCAGGACAAACUGCAGCAGAGAAGCACCUCUCUUUCGGAGGCAGAAAGCACACAGAAGCGUGUGUGGGACGAACUGGACAUGUGGCACUCCCGUGUGGCAGCGUUGGAGGUGGAGGUGCAGGAUCUGGAACAGGCUGAGGAGGCCCAGGUCCUUACAGAGAGCCUGACGGAGGCCCAGCUGCUCCACUCACACAUGGCCAAGCAGGCAGAGCAGAGGACCGCCUUCCUCAGCAAGAUCAGCACAUGGUUACAGGAGCAUGAUGAGAUGAUCAACAGCUCCAACAGUUGGCUAACUGAGGCUCAGUCCUGGCUCACUGCUCCCUGUACCUACACUACAGCCAAAGAUUUGGCCAGCUACGUCCACGCACUACAGAUGGUGCUGGAUGACUCUCAGCAGAUCCGCAUCACUCUGCAGGGCUUUGUGUCCGUGCUGAAGGAGAUCUCCCUGGUGUGUGACAUCACAGCGCAGCAGGAGCAGCUGGCCGAGGCUGACCGCCAUGUGGCCACUGUGCAGCAGGGCUUUGUGGCUCCACUCUCCCAGCUAGACCAUGCCGCCGCCGAGGUGGAAGCUAUAGAGACGGAGGUGAAGAUGAUGGAGAAGGACGUCACUGAGAUCAGGACGUUGUUAUCGUCCCCUGACACUCUUCCCAGCCCCAGAGAGGAGAGCCUGAAGGUGUGUGUGGACAGGAUCCAGUCUUUGCGGACGACCAUAGCAGAGAUCCAGAGCUGUAAGCCAGGCCUGUGUCUGCCAGAGAAGGCUGAGGAGACCCUCACUGUCUUUCAGAGAGUGGAGCAGCUCCAACAGCAGCUAGAAGAGCUGGAGAAGAUGGUUCCAGGGGAGUUCAUAGUGAAGAAACAGACACUCCCUUUACUGCCAGUGAAGGUCCCUGCUCCUAGCCCAACUGUACCCACCUCUUCCACAGAGAAUGUUUCUGUGCCCAGCUCAACAUUACCAGCCACUGAGGAAGCAGACGUGAGAUCCUUCCCUACAGCCACACCACUGCAUGGGUCACCUCCACACUAUAAUGAUCCUCAGGAGAAUGGAGUGGAGCAGGGCCAGAUCCAGAUAGUCCAUGUAGAGGAAGACGCGCUGAAGUCUUCUCCUGAACAGAGACUCAGCUGGGGAACGGAGAAGAGUCGGGACCCCGAGGUUGCAGCAGAAGGGAGCCGUGCUGCAGCUGAGGAAGAAGGGGGAAGCACAGCCAUGGAACAGAGUCAGGACACAACUGAACAGGACCUCUCUGUAGUGGGUCUCUCGGUCGCCUCAGGAACAAGUGUGUCCGAAGCUUUAUCAAAACCUGUGGGCACAGUCAGAACACAGUCUCUGUCUGAAAGCAUGGAGCUCAUGGGACAGAGGGGGCUUGCAUGGAGGGGGGAUGACAGCCACCCAGAGGGGCUGAAGACACACAUCAGAGACACACACACACACCCAGGGGGCUCACCUGCUGCACAUAUACUCACAGAGGAUGUACAGACACUCACUGAGGUCACAGUGGACACAAGUGUCCCCAAAGACAUCCAGACAGUAACUCCAGUCAUUUUACCAACGAUGAGACUGUCAAAGGUGGAUAGUAGGCUGGUGUUAUCUGAGGCAGGGCAGGCCUGUCUGGUUCAGCCACCCUCUGAGAAGGCUCUGGUUGUUCCAGAGCAGAGGCCCACAGUGCCCCAGCCAAUGCCCAGAAAGAAAAAAAGCGCACCUCAGACAGGGUUGCUCACGGCACCAUCCCAGCCUAUAGAAAUGGCACUCAAUGUAUCCACUGGACAGACACACACAGCCUCUGAUCUCACACACCAGACACCUGUGCAAGUUGAGGCAUCUACCCCUCUAGCAGCACCUGAGGAGACACCCACCACCACCACCCUGGGCGUGGUCAGCACACACACUGUCCCCCAGACCACACUCAAACCAACCGAAGAGGACAUGGAGGGUGUGCAUCCAGCAGCAACCCUGGCCCUAGGGGUGUUCCCAGCCCCAGCCUUGACUGGGCCCUGCCCCACUCUGGAGGUGCUUAAUGCCUACAGUGAGCAGGCCACCCAGCUAGAGGUUUGGCUGGAGAGAGCCCAGCACACCCUUGGAGUGCUGGAGCGGGCCGCCACUGCCAGCAUGCAGGACAGUGUGGAGCAGCAGCUCCUCACGUGCCAGGAGAUGUUCCUGGAGAUAGAGCAGAAGGUAGCCAGUCUGUCUGUCCUGGAGCAGCAGGAGGGCUCAGCAGGGUCCCACCAGGAGGCUGAGGCCCUCUCCUCCAAACUGGAGCUGCUCAAGACCAGCCUGGUCACCUUCCAGCUGUUGUUGCAGGAGAGACAGAGCCAUGAGCAGAUGCACACCAGCACACAUACAGAGGAGCAGGUGCCAUCACCGUCACCGUCAUCACCCAGAAAGCUUCCUCUAGAGGGCAGACUGCAGCGUAGCGGCAGUGUCCAGGAGAUUCUCUCUUCCUCCAAGAACAAACUCUUUAGACAGACCAGCUUUCAACAGCAGAAGGAAUUGGAGCAGGAGCUGAGUGAGCAGAGAGGCCUGACCAAGGCUAUCGCCCAGCAGGGGAGUAGAGGUCGUCUCCACAGCCAGGCCCAAAAGGAUCAACCUGAGCCAUCCACACGAGUUCCUGUUGAACCUGAAGGAGUGGGGGAGGCAGGGGUCCAAAGGAAGUGGACACACCUUCACAACCAGCUUCUGGCCUUGGAGCAGACUGCACAGCAAGGUCCUUCUGAUGGGACAGACUCAUCUGUCAGUCAGAGCAAUGGAUCAGCCAGUAGUCUCAUUGACUCCCACAGCAUUCAGGACAUACAGACACACAUAUGUCGGCUGCGGGAGCUGGGCCAGACUGCCAGUGAGGUGGUGACUCAGUCUGUGCCGGAUGAGGAGGUUCAUCAGAGGCUGGAUGAGGGUCUGUUUGAGGUGCUAUGUGGGGUGGGCCUAUCUCUGUCCUCACUGACCCGGCUCCUGCAGUCCCCCUCAGGGAAGUCACACGAGGACACACAGCUCCAGCUGAUGCAACUCGAGACUCUGGCAGCAGAGCUGGUGACCCUGGGUGGUGAGCUGACCUCCCAGGGGUCAGAGGUAAUUGGUGUUUUGGGGUCAGGUGGAGGUCAUCUGUGUGUGGAUCACCUAGGUAAACUCCUGCCUGUGGUCCAGAGCGGUCUGGCUGCCAGAGAGAAGCAGCUGCAGGCCCAGCUGGAGAAGACAGGCCAUCACCAGACACUCUUAAAAGAGUUGCAUGCAGCCCUUCUUGCUAAUAAGUUGGCCGUACAACAAAUGACUAACGAAGCUGUCCCUCAAGACACUUGCAAGCAGCUACAGGCUGUGGUGCAGGUCCAGGGAGAGCUGCAGCUUCAGUCCAGCCAGGUGUCCUCCCUGCAGGAGAGGGCAGAGAGACAGGGUCUGCCCUCCACACUCAUAGAGGAGGCCUACAAGCUGGAGGUUGUGCUGGAAAGUGUGUUGGGCUCUGUGGGCGCCAGACGUGAGGAGCUGAGGGCCAGUAUGGAUCUCCAGCAGCAGUUUGAGAGGCUGCUACAUGGCCUGGAAGUGCUGGUCACCCUGGGCUCAGAGCGUCUCUCGCAGAGGCCUGGUCUGGAGCUCCACACCAGGACUGGGCUACAGGACUGCCUUAGCACACAUUCGAAGUUCUUCCAGUUCCUGGGGAUCCACCUGGGGACCCUGCAGCACCUAUCCACGAGAGUCGCAGAGAGCACCCUCCAGAGGUGGGAGGGAGGGAUGAGGGGCCUCCAGGAGAGGGUGACCCAACUGCAGCAGCAGGCCCUGGAGAGAGGCACCAGGAUGCAGUGGAUAUUACAGAUAUGGACACAGUGGGAGGAGGAAAGUACCAGUCUGGACACCCUGCUUAGGGAUAUGGACGCUGGCCUGUCCAAGAUGCACCUGGAGGAGGACUCAGUGGCACAGAUUUGCGAGAAACUCUCUGUCUAUCAGAAAAUGAGAGCAGUCCUGGAUGAGAGUGGGGCAAAGUUCAGCCGGAUGCAGGAGCAGGGGAGGUGGCUGAAGGAGGCGGGUUGCCAAGGGGUGGGUGUGUUUGGGUGUGGCCUGGAGGCUCGCUGGACCACCUUUCACUUCAGGCUGGAGCAACAACGAGUCAGCACAGAUAGGAACAGGAAACUGUGGAGCAGGUUUUCCCGUGACUUUGUGGCACUGAGCAAGUGGAUCGGUGGGGCCAGAGAACACAUCAACAGUUGGAUCAUUUUCACUCUCACAGCCAAUCAGGAGCGAGAGCUGAAACCCAUUCACUCCCACCUUAACCAGUAUAUGGACUUCACCAAAGAGCUGGAGGUUAGGUCGGCUCUGAAGGCCUCAGUGAUCACCACUGGAACACAGCUACUGCAGCUGAGAGAGGCAGAGACGGCGCCAGAGCCUCAAUCUGCUGCGCCAGAGCCUUGCUCUGUACAGACCCAGCUCAGACAGAUAGAGCAGGACUGGGCUGGCAUUCUGUCUGAUAUACCUGCUGUGCAGCAGACUCUGCAUCAGUUGUUGAUGGAGAGGCUGUCCCCACAGGGGGCCUUGACAGAGCUGCUAGCCUGGGUUGGAGAGACUGAGGCCAGGCUGGAAGAGCAGCGGGAUAGGGUCCACCAAACCACCUCCACCAACGCGAACCUCAACCUAGUCCUUCAGAGCUUCAAGGUGUGUAAGGCUGAGAUAGCAGUCCGCCAGCUCACAGUGGACUAUGUCAACCAGUCGGAGUUGCAGACGAGCAGAGGGAAAUAUGAACACCCAGAUUAUGCUGAUGAGCUGGGCGGUCUUAACCACCGCUGGCUCAGUCUACAGGGCACCCUCAACAACCAGAUCCAGGAUGUUGAACAGGAGCUGAGGAUGUGCACAGAGAGAGAGGUCAGACUGCAGCACCACCACACCUGGCUCACCAGUCAGAGAGAGUGGAUGGGCUCAGCCCAGAGGCCCGUCAGUCACUCUGAGGUGGAGAAGAGCUUAAAAACCUGUGAGGGUCUGGAGGAGAAACUCUGGCUAAAUUAUACAGCUCUUCAAGAGUUGAGAGAGAAACACCACACAGGAAAAGAGGAUGGCACCUGUGCCUUCAUCACUCAGACCGAUGAUGUCAUUAAGGCCUGUACAACCCUCAGUCAAGAGAACCCAGCUGUGCGACACAGACUGAAACAGGUUUUGGAGCUGUGGGUUGGGUUUGAGAAAGGACUGAAUGAUGCAACACUGGACACAGUGAAGACCUGCCAGGCUAUGGAAUACAGCUGCUUUCCUCAACUUUCUCUCCAGGCCCUGCAAGGACUCCAUGAAAAGCUCCAGCUUCUAAGGAAGGAGACUGAGGGGUGUGACUCAGAAUGGGACGGUCUGAUCCACACUCUCUCCAUCCUCAGGGACAUGAUCAGUCCUACGGCCACCUUCCUCAUGUCAGAGCAACUGGAUAGAGAGAGAACCAGGUGGAAUAAGGUGAAUCGUGAGCUGGAGAAUCACCUGAAUAGAACUCAGACACUGCUCCAGAUCUGGGGGGCUUAUGCCCGUCUCUCUGUACCUUUCUCCCAACGUCUGCAAACACUGAGGGGUGAUGUCACAGCUCUGAUGAACCAGCCACCUGGUCAGGACAACACUACACAACUGGUUGCAGCCCAGAUACAGGCCGUCCAUAGCCUGCAGGAGAGAACAGACCGUUUACAGACCGACCUGGAGGGGGUGCUAGAGGCCUCUAAGGAACUCAGUGGACGAGUGGAACCCUCGUCUGCCGUCUUCAUCCAAUCAGAGAGCCGUAUGCUAACCCGUGGUGUCCUACAUCUGAGCCAGUCACUGGCCGAUAAACUUGGGCAUCUCCAGGAAGAGCAUGAGCAGCUCCAGGAGUUUGAGAGUGUCUUGGCAUCCCUUGAGAAACACCUUGAGGACUGGGAGGGGAGACUGAAAAGUGUAACCGUGCCUCCACAAAUGUAUAUAUCCAAGAUGGGUCUGCUGGAGCUGAGUGGUUUCUCUCCUGACCUUGAUAUACUGAAUGAGCUGAGCUACAGGCUGACCCUCAGUGACCCUGCCACCCACAGACUACAGAGCCUCAACUGGAGCUGGGCUCAGGCCUCGGCCCGUGCUGUGGAGACCUACAGUGAGUUGCAGACAGAGUCACUGAGGCAACAGAGUUUUCAGGAGAAGUGUGAGAACUGGAUGGACUUCCUACAGACGAUGGAGGACAGCCUAGCAGUAGACCUGGCCAGUACCUACAGCGGCCUGAGAGAGCAGCUACGCACACACCAGAGGUUCCAGUUAGAGAUGUCUAUCGGUCAUCAGAUCCUGCACUCUGUCAUCAAUGAUUCUCUACGUCUGCUGCAGAGGGGAGACGUGGAUGAUAGGAGCGACUUUAUCCUGAAGCUGGCCCAGCUGAGGGAGCACUGGCAGGGGGCUGUGCAGAGGGCAGCUCAGAGGGGCUCCCUGGUGGAGGGGCUAGUCAAACACUGGCACCUCUACAGCCGCAGCCUCAGGAAGCUCCAGAGGUUCGUAGCAGAUGCCCAGGCCCUCCUGCCCCCCACAGGGCCAGCCCACUGCAGCCUGCAGCAGCUCCGAAGCUCCCUCUACGACAUGAAGCACACGGAGCUGCUUUUCCAGAGGUACCAGUGCAGCUACAUCCACACUCUGGAGCUAGGCCGUCAGCUCUUCUCCAUGGGGGACGAACAGACUCAGGCACAGCUGCAGACCGAGCUGGCUACCCUGCAGGAGGACUGGGAGAACCUGCAAGGACUGCUGGAAAAGAGAAAGGACAUAACAAACGCUAUCAUUCAGAACUGGGAGCGCUGCGAGGCCAGACUAUCCUAUAGCAUGCAGCAGCUGGACACCAUGCAGACCGGACUGAAGCAGUCGAUCCCAGAACAUGACAAUGAGCUCCAAGUUACAGAGAAACUCACUAAGGAGGCUGAGAACUCACUGGAUGACUGGGCUGAGAGCCUGACUGAACUUGCCACCAUGAAGACGGACCUGUCCCAGUACAUCAUUGCUGACGACGUGCUGCUACUCCAGGAACAGGUGGAGCACCUCCACUGUCAAUGGGAGGAACUCUGCCUCAAGGUCUCCCUACGCAAACAGGAGAUAGCAGACCGUCUCAACGCAUGGAUCAUCUUUAAUGAGAAAAACAAGGAGCUUUGUGAAUGGCUGACGCAGAUGGAAAACAAAGUAGCACACAAUGCCGACAUCAGCAUCGAGGAGAUGGUGGAGAAGCUGAAGAAGGACUGUAUGGAGGAGAUCAACCUCUUCAGUGAGAAUAAAACCCACCUGAAGCUGCUUGGAGAGCAGCUCAUCACCGCUAGCAACAAGACCAAGGAGACCGAGGUCAACGACAAGCUGAAGGACAUCAACGACCGCUGGCAGCACCUGUUUGAUCACAUAGAGACCAGGGUGAGGAAGCUAAAGGAGACUCUGGUGACAGUGCAGCAGCUGGAUAAGAACAUGAGCAACCUGCGGACGUGGCUGUCACGGAUCGAGGCCGAGCUGGCCAAACCCGUGGUCUACAGCGUCUGCCACAGUGAUGAGAUCCAGAGGAAGCUGGCUGAGCAGCAGGAUUUGCAGCGGGACAUUGAGCAGCACACGGAGGGCGUAGCGUCAGUUCUGACUCUCUGUGAUGUUCUUCUCCACGACGCCGACGCCUGCGGGAGCGACACAGAGAACGACUCCAUCCAACAGACCACCCGCAGCUUGGACCGUCGCUGGAGGAACAUCUGUGCCAUGUCCAUGGAGAGGAGGAUGAGGAUUGAGGAAACAUGGCGACUGUGGUGUAAGUUCCUGGAUGACUACUCCCGCUUUGAGGACUGGCUGAGGACCGCUGAGCGCACCGCGGCCAACCCUGUCUCGGCGGAUGUCCUCUACACCAGCGCCAAGGAGGAACUCAAGAAGUUUGAGGCUUUCCAGAGGCAGGUCCAUGAGAGGCUGACCCAGCUGGAGCUGGUCAACAAGCAGUAUCGCCGUCUGGCCAGAGAGAACCGCACUGACGCCUCCAGCAAACUCAAGGUCAUGGUUCACGAGGGCAACCAGCGCUGGGACAGCCUGCAGAAGAGGGUGGCCGCCAUUCUCCGUAGACUCAAGCACUUUACCUCUCAGAGGGAAGACUUCGAGGGCACACGGGAGGGUAUCCUGGUCUGGCUCACUGAGAUGGACCUGCAGCUAACCAACGUUGAGCACUUCUCAGAGAGCGACAUCGAGGACAAGAUGAGACAGCUCAAUGGCUUCCAGCAGGAGAUCACUCUGAACACCAAUAAGAUCGAUGCUCUGAUCGUGUUUGGGGAGAACCUGAUCCAGAAGAGUGCUCCUCUGGACGCCGUGCUGAUAGAGGAUGAGCUGGAGGAGCUGCACUCCUACUGCCAGGAGGUGUUUGGCAGGGUGGCCCGCUUCCACCACCGCCUCAUCAACAGACGCCCGGUUCUGGAGGAGGAGCGGGACCUGUCUGACCGCGACACAGAUCUGGAGGACUCAGCGGAGCUGGCUGGAAGUUCCUGGGGGGAGGACGAUGAAGAGGAAAAGGAGGAGGAUGAGUCCCGAGUGACGGGCGAGUUAUUGGGACGACAGGCCGGGUGCCGUCUCUUGGCCCCCCCUCUGGAGUGUUCGGGGCGAGAGACCCCGCUCAGCGUGGACUCUAUCCCCCUGGAGUGGGACCACACUGUGGACGUGGGGGGAUCUUCAUCCCAUGAGGAUGAGGAGGAUGCUACCUACUAUAGCGCCAUGUCAGAUGUAGAAAUCACUGAGAGCUCAGAGUCGUUUGUUAAGGCAACUGCCAAAGCAUUGAGAGCAGUCUCGGUGAAGUCGGUGACAGACCCCCCCAGCUGGCACUCCCCUGAGCCACAGGAGAGGAAACAUGUUCCCAGGGACAUCAUCCUGGGCCUGGGCUCCUCUCCCACCCACAUCACCAGCACCCCCUUUCACCAGCAGGGCUAUGUCAAGCUGAUGUCAGAGUGCAGUGGCAGUAUCGACAGUGUGAAGAGGGUCAAACUGAUCUUAAAUGACGAGGAGCUGGAGGACCAAGGCCUCACCACGUUAACCACCGCAGACAAACAGACUGGUGUGAUCGAGCGCUGGGAGCUGCUGCAGGCCCAGGCCCUCAGUGACGAGCUGUGCAUCAAACAGGACCUGCAGCAGUGGCAGAAGCUGAACUCUGACCUCAAUGAGAUCACUUCCUGGCUGGGCCAUGUGCUACCAGAGCUAGAGAGGCUGCAGAGGCUGGCCCCGGCUACCAGCAUCCGAGACAUGGAGGGCAACAUAAGGAGACUCAAGGAGAUGCAGAAGACGUUCAACAGCUACAAGUCUUUGAUGAUCUCCAUCAACCUGAGUGGGCAGGACUUCCAGUGUGGGGACAGCGCUGAGCUGCAGGAGCUGCAGGAGGGCCUGAGGACAGCCAAUCACAGCUGGACACAGGCCUGCGUCGGCCUGGAGAGCUGGGAAGAACGACUGCAGAGCGCACUCAUGCAGUGCCAGGAGUUCCAUGAGACGCUGCACUCCAUGUUGCUGUGGCUGGCCAGGUCUGAGAGCACACACUACGCCGUCAACAUACAUGACCAGUUUGCACAGCACUCUGUCCUGCUGGAGCACAGAGACACACUCAUGGCCCUGGAAGAAGAGUUGCAUGGGCGCCAGCGGCAGGUCUCCUCCCUUCAGGAGAUCUCCUCCCAGCUCCUCCUGGAGGCCACGGCCGAGGACAGCGUCGAGGCAAAGGAGAAGGUCCAUGUUAUCGGCAACAAGCUCCGACUCCUACUGCGCCAGGUGGCCAAUGACCUGCACAUCCUGCAAGGAAGGCUGGUACGUCAACAUUGGGAAUCGUGUCCAACCAGCUCUGAGAUGGAUAGUGUUGCUCCGGGAUCGCUCAGCUCUCAACUCCAGCUGCAGAAGGAGAAAGCUGGAAUGAGAGCUGCAGGACUCCAAGACGCAGGCUGCAGAAAGGAGGAGAAGGGGGACUCUUCCUCAGCUCGGCCAUUCUUCUACAGGGUACUGCGUGCUGCCUUCCCCCUUCACCUGCUCUUCCUGCUGCUGCUGGUGCUGGCUUGCCUGGUGCCUCUGUCUGAAGAGGACUACAGCUGUGCCCUGUCCAACAACUUUGCCCGCUCCUUCUACCCCAUGCUGCGCUACACCAACGGCCCCCCGCCCACAUGAGACAGCAACAACACCCCCUCCCCUAACACUCACCCCCUGCCCCCGUCUUUUAAAGUCCCCAUUCACCACUGUCGGAAACGGCCCCGAAAAACAGAGACUGGAGCCAAGCGUUCUGUUUCUCCACUCCAAAUGUUUUUUUUUAAAGUUGUCUAAAGUAAAAUUGAAUUUAGGUAUUUAUGUAUACAUAUUUAUAUUUAAUAUAUGUUGAGCGCUCAUGAAGUUAUGUGGCUCUGAAAAUAAGAAAAUAAGCCAUAUCAUUGGUUUGAAGUAAACACUUUUAUAUGUAGUGAAGAUGAUUAUUAUCCCCAUCGAGUUGUUUUCCACAUACAAAAAAAUAUUUUUAAGUUAUUUUGAUAGCUUUGUUUUUAUCAUUGCAGAUACUGUAUACUCAUAAUAAUGGCAAAGUGCAGUUGCUACCAAAGGAUCAGAGUACUGAGGAUAUUGAUCAUUACUGUUUCUACCAUUUUACUUAGGACAACCAAUUGUGGGUAGCACAUUUUUGUACAUAUCGACUGAAAACGAUUUUGUUUUUGUCUAUUUGAUUUAGAAUCAUGUACACUGUGAUAUGUCAUUUUCACUGAAUUAUGGUAGCGAAUCAACUGCAAACAUGCCUUGCUGUAGUCAGUGCUUUAGAAAAUGUUUUUGUUUAAAAAUAUUUUAUUUACACUAGUGUACCUAUGAUUUUGUGUGUAUGAGUGCAUUUGUACAUAAUGGCAAACUACUGACAAAGCAAUGGUAAAUUAUUGACAAUGCGUGUGUGCAUAUGUGAGUGAGUAACCCUAUCUCCCACAGAGGCCUUGUGUGAUUGUGGGACACCCUGGGCUGAUGGGGGGACAUAGAGUGCGGCUUACAAACCGUUUUAGCACCGGAGAACUAAAUCAAAAAUGUUUGAAUGUACCCCUCUGGAAGCUGCUCUGUUACACUUUUCUUUCCUGCGGUUGAAUAUUGUGAGUAAAAUCUGAUGCUGUCAUAGCUGUAGAAUACCGUAAAUACACUACAGUAUAUGAAUAUAUAGGUGACAUGAACCUGGACCAGUCAGUGAGCGAUUAAUGUUGCGGUGUACAUGCAGAAUCAAAGAGUACGUAUAGACUCGAAGGUUUCCUGUCCGUAUGCUUUGGCUUUCUUCACAAAGAAGGCUUACUCAUGUGUAAAAAAAUUACAGUCAAGCUGGAGCUGAUCAGAGUUAAUUUACCUAGUUCCAUUAUUAGUGUACAUAGUCAAGUCACUUUGUACUCCUCUGUAGUACAAUGAAACAAAGAAAACAAUGGUGUACAGUUGAAUACAUUUUUUAAUGCUUAUUUAUGGAUGAUGAAUAGCUUGAAUUCAUUUUUACUUGACAAUAAACAUUGUUUGCCAUAAUCUGUGCUUAUGUCAAUAGAACUACAUUCACGUUUUACAGUUGCUUUUAAGAUGUUUGGUUGCAAUUCCAUUGGGGCUAAAAUGCCUCAAUAUGACAAGCUCUGUAUGUAGGUUUUCUAUCAAUACAAACAUGACUUUGACAUUGAACAUCAGAAACAGCAGAAGCACCAAAUCAUUACAGGAGGGACAGGGUAUGAUCAGGAUGCAUAAGUACAACAGGUGUGUGAGUUUCUAGCAGUUGCUGGUUUUUCGUUUGGCUUCUGAUCGCUUCACACAAACUUGAAUGGAGACUAGCAGUCAUCUUAAAUCAAAGGCCACAAAAGUCAUCUGGUUAAAAUGUAGGUUUUUACAAUGAGUACAUCAUAACACUCCCCUCCACACAUCCAGCAUGAAAAGUUACAGUUACUGUACUGUAAUAGCAGUGUGCCCUGGUGGUAUGAGGCAAAGAACAGCCACAAUCUGAAAUGUCAAAUGCACAUCUCAUUGCUAUAGUCCUGUUUGAUAAAUCAUGUUCACUUCAUGCACCAUUUUCCAAGUAAGCCAGUUACAGUAGGAUGGUAUGAAUUGUUUCGGCAGACACUGAUAAAGGUGAAAAAGUUUAGAAAUAUAUCAAAAGGAGACACAUUUUGACUGGUAGAGGUUAAAAGAUGUACUCAUUACUAGCUACAUUACCAACUGCAUUAAUACAAGGAAAUUACACCAAAAAUACAGUCAAUUCACUGUUACAAAUCAUAUUUUUUCCAUAGACCAAAAA